UAACUUCCGCAACAGCCAUUUGUGCAGAUUAACAUUUCCUUUAUCUCGUGUUCUAGCUGCUCGCUUUUCUUAAGUUUCCCAAGUGCUCAAUUUUCAUCUAAUAUGGGUUUCCCUAAUAUUUGGUACUCGCAUCCACGCAAAUACGGCCAAGGAUCACGAUCUUGCCGUGCAUGCGCCAACAGACACGGACUCAUCCGGAAAUACGGACUGAACAUUUGCCGCCAAUGCUUCAGGGAAUAUGCCGCUGAUAUAGGAUUUAAGAAGUUGGAUUAAAUGCUGAAAAGUAGGCUGAUCUGAUUUUGUGAAAUAAAUGGAUUUCACAUUCUUAUUGAUGUUUAAGUAGAUUUUUACAUUGGUAGGGAUGUCUUGAAUGUGUAUCUCAAGAAAUCAGUAAAACCUUUAAAAAUAUUGGA